AUGUUGGGUUGGUGUUCUCUCUGCUCGAGAAUUAUUUACCGCCUGUACAUUACAAAAAAAAUAUCAAACAAAAUUGUAAAUCUUGUACCUAUUUCAUUUAUAUCAAAUCUGCCAGAUUACCGUCAAUUUUACCCUAUCCAUUUAAAUGUUCCAAAGAAACGAAAGGAAAGCAGACCCAACUAUUCGAGCGAAGUCUCAUGCCACCUUAUCCGUACAUAUUCGAGAAAGAUUUACGCAAGCAAUAAAGCAACUUGUAGAAAGUAUACUGAAAGAAACUUUGGUGAAUGGAGAGAGAACAAAAUAUUCACUGUACCAAAUAUCUUAUGUUUUGGAAGAAUCCUUGCUUCACCAUUUCUUGGGUAUUUAGUUGUCAUGGGACAAUAUGUUGGUGCAUUAAUUCUUUUUGUUGCAGCAGGUUUAACUGAUCUGCUUGAUGGCCUUAUUGCUCGACAGUUCCCUAGUCAAAUGUCAUAUUUUGGAAGUGUCCUGGAUCCUAUUGCAGAUAAGAUUCUUGUCGGAGUAUUGACUGUUUCAUUGUGCAUUACUUCUCUUUUGCCAGUUUCAUUAGCUGUUAUUAUUCUUGGCAGAGAUAUUGCAUUAAUAAUUGCAUCUUUUGCUGUGCGAUUGAUUUCCUUGCCACAACCACGAAAUGUUUCACGCUUUUUCGACUUUCAACUUCCUACAGUUCAAGUGACACCAUCAACUUUUGGAAAAGUAAAUACAGUUUUGCAAUUAGGACUCAUUUCAUUGUCACUAGCUGCACCUGUGUUCAACUUCACUGAAAAUUCAUGUUUAACUGCAUUGCAGUACACUGUGGCAAUCACUACAAUUCUUUCUGGGCUUGACUAUUUCAUCACACAACGAGGCUUCCAUAUUUUGAAAAAAGAAUAAUUAAGAUUCAUAGAAAGAAGAAUAUAAUAAAAUAAAUCAUAUAAGGAACUGUACAGAGGCUUUGGCUGAAAACAAAAUGGUCUAUUUGAAACAUUACUUAUGUACCUUUCUGAAAAGCCAGGAAAACAUUGUCUAUGAUUCUUCAUUACUUAGACGAUCUAUGUACCAUUCUCUGAUUUCCAAUUUUAUUUUAUUUUUACCAUGAA